UCAUUGUUUCCUCAUGACGUGAACGGUCUCGGAAAUCAGUCUGGUCUGAAAAUGUGGUUGCAGUUUGUAUUCAUUUUAUUUCUUAACACACAAAAUGUGGUGGCUGAGUUUAAUGCAACUGAUUUUGAGUCAGAGGAGGAAUGGGAUACUGAAAGCUCGAUGGUGAUUCCAGAUGAUUAUGAUCCAUCAUACAGAGCUGGGGAAACGGCCACGGAAGAACCUUCUCUCCUAAGACUACCGGAGUAUGUACGAAUCCAAGCAUCCGACCUGCGCAAAGACUACUUUUCCCCAGAGAUGGGCUCCAUGGAGGUGCCUCCAGAGGUCCAGACCAUACUUCUGCCCUCGGGCAUGCCCGCUUGGAGACCCAGCUACACCACAGCUGGGAAAAAGGUGGAGGUGUUGUGCCACCUGGACCGCAUAUAUGUAAGAGUCCAGAAGAGUGUGUUUGCAGACAUCAACGCCUGGAAGAACCUAAAGCUGGGCACGUGUUCUGUCAAUAAGGCCACCGCCUCUCACUAUUAUUUUCGGCAGAAUCUGAAAGAUUGUAAGAUGAGACGAAGGGAGGAUGAUGAUAGCAUAACCUACACCAAUGUACUACAAUACCGACCUCCCAUCACUGGGCCCAUUGUUCGGGAUUGGCCGUUUACCCUACCAAUUCAAUGUUUUUACCCCAAGUUUCAUUUCGCUUACCAAGUUGGAUUUCUGCCCAAGAUCUCAGCUGGAACCAUGUAUAUAGGUCUAAAGAACAGAUUAGAUGCUUCACUUACGGCAAUGGACGCAUCUUGGAAUGUUCUUCCCGAUGGAAUGAGUUUCGUGCUUGGUAAGCCGAUCUGCUUUGAAGCCAAAGGCCCCAGCGUUGCUGGAAACCGGCUGUAUUUCAACCGAUGCUUCGUCACUCCAUCUCCAGAGCCUACUUCAGCUGACCGAUAUGUCGUGGUUGAGAAUGCAGGAUGCCUGGUGGACAGUAAAAACAGUGUCAUGUCCCAGUACUACACCACUACAGACAAUAGCACUGUAAGACUGUGUUUUGCUGCAUUUUUCUUCAACAACAUGGUUUCCAACGCACCGACCCGAAAGACCAUGUUUAUGCAUUGUGAAAUGUUCAUGGCACCAUCUACUCCUUCACCCAGUUCAAAGUCAUGCACAUUUGAUCUUCACGCCAAGCAGUGGACUGAGAUGUAUGGUGACGCUUCUGUUUGUGAAUGCUGUGAAUCUUCAUGUCCUAUUCCUCUGCCUACUGCCGCCAAGUCCGUGAUCACCAGUAAGUCUUGGGAUUUGAAACUGGGACGGAAACCUUUUGGGAAAAAACUUCUGCAGACCAACCCUGGGUUUCUUGUAGAUGGUGAUUGGAAUUAAUACUAGAGGAACCAUAACUUCUGGAAAUCAAGUGUCUAGCAUCUGUUUGAUCCAAGUGUUUUUGUUUUGUGACUGUAAACUGAACUGAUUAUUUAAAUAAAUGAGUUAAUUUCUAA